AUGAAGACAGUAUCAAAGGAGUAUGACCCCAUCGCUAUGGGGCCAGUGAGAGCCAAGCCUGAGGGUUUUACUCCAUGGAUGAAGUUGGUCAUAAAUCAUGGCCCUGAAGGCACUCUGAGGGAGUUGAUCGAUUGGCUUGCUAAGGAACAGAAUGCCGAGGUUAUGAUCCUCUCAUCCGGGAAUGCAUGCCUCUAUAAUGCAUUCCUUCCCGCACACAAGAAGCGUUUGGAUCAGAAGAUGCCUGAGCUCUAUGAGGAGAUCACUAAACAAAAGAUCCCUCCUACUAGGAACUACUUGGUGCUUGAAGUAUCUGCCAGUGAUAUGGAUGACCAAGUGGAUACAACCCUACCGACUAUCAAGAGCAAAAGAUCCUUUUCAAUAGUACCCAUCACGAUGAGGUCCCCAACGGUUGCAACACUGGUGUUGGGAUUGGCUCUUCUCUGUCAAUUCAUCACGAGUGGUUAUGAGAUGCUAACUAUGAAGCGGAGCAUGGUGACAAUCAGUAUGAAUAAAGUAUGGCCCUUCUCGAAUCCUACAGAGACCUACCGUUAUUAUGAUCUUCCCUUCUGCCAGCCAGAG